AUGACCUCAGGACAGGUGGCUGAGCACGUCCUCGCCCUCCUCUCGUCCUGCCAGGACCCCCGGCAGGUCCACGCCCUGGGACAGACCAUCGACCUGAUCUCCAUCCUGCAGCAGAAAACAGAUGAGGAGAUGGUCGAGCUGGAGGACAAGGGUCAUCCCAAAACCACCCUGUUCAGCGUGAGCCUGGACACCAUGGCCCUGUGCCUGGUCAGGGCAGACAGGUACCGGGGGCCAGCGGUGGCCUUGGCCAAGGAGGUGCUGAGCCCCAACAGCCCCAUCAGUGUGGACACUCGUGCCGUGGCGGUGCUGGCCUUGGUGUGCGCCCACGACAACGUGGAGGACCCGGAGGUGCAGGAUCUGCUCCACGAGGCAGUUUGGACGGUGACCAACAACUUCCUGGAUGAGCAGGAGGAGAGGAAAGGCAUGAUUGGGAACAUCUAUAGCAUGGGGCUGGCCCUGCAGGUACGGGGGUGGGGAAUGUGCCGUCACAGCCACCUGGUCCCGUUCCCAGAUUGGCCACACCACCUCCCACCUCUUCCGCAGGCACUGGAGGCCUCAAGGGACUUUUACGCCCCUCAGGACUGGGAUUGUGCCCAGGCCUUUGCUGUGGUGACCAACCACACCUUCGAGCUGCCCAUGGCCAUCGCCCAGGUGCUCCCAGCCCUCGUAGGCAUGUCCUACCUGGAUGCGGCCACGCUGAACUGCGGUGCCCCCAUGGAUCUGUGCCCAAGCCUGGGGACACACAGGGUUCCCACAGGUAUAAUGAGCCCACCUGGAGCCUCCCAGACCCCACGGGAGUCCCAGGACAUCACAGUGCACUACUCCAUCACCAACAACCUCCAGGGAAUCCCCUGGCACUACAGCAUCUCGGUGACGGUCCCAGGGGUCUCCACACUGCUCGAGGUGCUGGAGAGGGCGGAGGAGAUGGAUCCCGAAAACUUUAGCUUCAAGACAGAGCAGACAUCCUGGGGUCCCUUUGUGGUCUCCAUCCACGGGCUGGCUGGCAGUGACAAUGACAGGACAUACUGGCAGUUCCUCAGCUCUGGGAAACCUUUGGAUCAAGGUGGGCAGUCAGGGAAGGUGGGGGUCAUGCUGGGGGUCUCCACAUCCCAGCCUCACAUAUCCCUCUGCCACAGGGGUCGGAACCUACAAACCACACUCCGGGGAGCACAUCCAGGCCAUCUUCAGCACCUACUGAAGCCACCAAGAGACCCUGGAUCCCACCAGGGAGCAAUAAAGGGCCAUUCCAGCGUGUCCCUCUGUUGUGUCCCUGGGGAAAACAGGGCUCAGAUCCUGUUUUGCCUUCCUUCCGUCUUCAUUUCAGGGGUGCUGGGCUACAGCCUCCUGUGA